AUUUUUAGAAUCGUCGUCAUUGUUCCUUUUCCGGUGUCAUGAAGAUACACAUGCGUCGCAUUAGGAGGCAUUGAUAAAAUAUUUCUUUAAAAACAAAAGAUUGAAAGAAUAUUUAAUACCUGUUGGUUAUAUUAAUAUUUGUUUAUCAAGCUGAAAGCAAUGCCUUCUGAUUCGAAAAAGAAAAGGGACGCAAAGAAGAAAGAAGCAGCAAAAUCAAGAGGACAGAAGAAAAAUGUGAAGCUAGAUGAAGGAGAAGCUGAAGUCGACUGCACAGACAGCCCUGAAGAAAAUGGAGAAAAUGGAACUGCUGUAAAUGGCAAUGGAACAGAUGUAUCUUCAAUAGCGACUUUGCUAGAUGAAAUGACCAUAGCAGCCAAACACCGUUCAGUUACUGGUGUUCUAGCUUCACACCCCGACAGCCGUGACCUGCACAUCCACAAUUUAUCCAUUCUGUUUCAUGGUGCUGAACUAUUGAUGGAUUCAACACUUGAAUUGAACGUAGGAAGGCGAUAUGGGUUGAUAGGUUUAAAUGGCUGUGGUAAAUCAUCUUUACUGGCCGCACUGGCUGCUCGUGAAGUUCCAAUACCUGAACAUAUAGACACCUUUUUAUUACGUAGAGAGAUGCCCCCUAGUGAUAAAACAGCUCUAGAAUGUGUCAUGGAGGUCGACGAUGAGAGACACAGGCUGGAGAAAGAAGCAGAAGAGUUGGCUCACAACCCAGACCCUGCUGCCCAUGAAAGGCUGAUGGAUGUAUAUGAGAGGUUGGAAGAACUUGAUGCAGGUAAAGCUGCAGCCAAGGCAGGCUACAUACUUCAUGGUCUAGGUUUUUCUAAAGCCAUGCAACGUACAAAGGUCAAAGACUUUUCUGGAGGUUGGAGAAUGAGAAUAUCAUUGGCCAGAGCUUUAUUUAUACGUCCCUCGCUGAUGCUCCUCGAUGAGCCAACUAACCAUUUAGAUCUCAACGCUUGUGUCUGGCUUGAGGAAGAACUUAAAACGUACCCACGUAUUCUUGUUGUAAUCUCACACUCUCAGGAUUUCUUAAAUGGUGUUUGUACAAAUAUUGUACACAUGCACCAGAAGAAAUUAAAAUAUUUUGGAGGUAACUACGACACAUAUGUACAAACACGUUAUGAACUGGAAGAGAACCAGAUGAAAAAAUAUAAAUGGGAACAAGACCAAAUAGCACAUAUGAAGAACUAUAUAGCAAGGUUUGGUCAUGGUAGUGCCAAGUUAGCCCGUCAAGCACAGAGUAAAGAGAAGACACUCAAGAAAAUGGUGGAUGGAGGAUUAACAGAGAAAGUUUCUUCUGACAAGACUCUAUCUUUUUAUUUCCCAAGCUGUGGAGUUAUCCCACCCCCUGUUAUAAUGGUUCAACAUGUCAGUUUCCGUUAUUCUGAAGGACAGAAAUACAUUUACAAAGAUUUGGACUUUGGCGUUGACUUGGACACCCGCGUGGCUCUUGUUGGUCCCAAUGGAGCUGGAAAGUCGACAUUACUCAAACUCAUUACAGGAGAGUUAAUACCCACAGAUGGUUUGAUCAGGAGGCAUUCGCAUCUUAAAAUUGGACGCUAUCAUCAGCAUUUAGGUGAUCAACUGGACUUAGACAUGACUGCCCUAGACUACAUGAUGAAGUGUUAUCCUGAUGUGAAGGAGCGGGAAGAGAUGAGGAAAAUUAUUGGCAGAUAUGGUCUGACUGGCAUGCAACAGGUUUGUCCCAUUCGUAAUUUGUCUGAUGGCCAAAGAUGUCGUGUGAUAUUUGCUUGGUUAGCUUGGCAGUGUCCCCAUUUAUUACUCCUGGACGAGCCUACUAACCAUUUAGACAUUGAGACCAUAGAUGCUCUAGCAGAUGCCAUCAAUGAAUUUGAAGGCGGCAUGAUUCUAGUUAGCCACGACUUUAGGCUUAUAUCUCAAGUGACUGAAGAAAUCUGGGUAUGUGAGAAAGAAACUGUAACCAAAUGGGAAGGAGAUAUAUUCUCAUACAAAGAGCGACUGAUCAAAGAGACGCAGCGUGCAAAUGCCAAGUUGAAGGCCACCAACUGAAAACACACAAAAAUACUCAGCUUAACUUACUGCAAAACUUUUGGGGGGAAUUUAGUCUUUUUUUAAUAGGCUGUAGUCUAUUGCAACAAUGAAUUUUUAUAAAACCUGAAUCUUGAAGUUGUCAGGAAUAGUUGAAGGGAAUGGAUGUUAAUUUAAAGAAAAAGAAGUGUUUUGUUUCUAAAGUAUUUCAAAAGUACCUGUCCUUAUUUACUGCCAUAUUUCUCAAAGCUUGUCUGGUAAGAAGUUAUUCAUGACAAUCUGUCUGUACUGUCCGCUAACACAACAUAAUGUUGUUAACAAUACAGACUUGAAGGAAUUGAAUACAUUUGUUAUUCAAA